CCUCCCACCCUGGUGACAGAACGGCCAGCACAAAAGACAACACCUGAUAACAACUACCACUGACGGGGCUCAAGAGGCUGUGGCCCCGCAGCCUAACUAGCCCCAUAAACCACCCCAGAAGAAGAAGAAGAGAGGGGGCACGAUGGGUGAGCUGGGCGACACUCGGGGCUACCUGGAGCUGUCCAAGGACCCGGUGAGGUUCGAACCGGUCAGCAAAGUGACGAAUGUGUUCUUUGACGACACCAGCAAGGAGGUCCUCAGUGUGCGAGGUGGGGGCACGCUGGGUGUGGUGGUGCGGGGGCAGGGCCGGGACCACACUUUCAGGAUGGAGGAUAAAGGACCUAUCUCCUCCCUCAAGUUCUCACCAGACCACACUGUCUUAGCCGUGCAGCGCUCCAAGAAUGCUGUGGAACUCCUGAGCUACAGCAGCGGCGAGGUGGGUGUUGGCCUGACCCAGGAGUGCCGUGCCAAGUCUGCCACACUGCUGGGCUUCAUUUGGACCAACAGCGAUGACCUGGCACUUAUUACUGACCAUGGUGUGGAAUAUUACCAGGUGACCCGGGAGCGCCUGGCUGUGCGUCAUCUGCGUAGCUACAGCAUUCCAUGUACGUGGUUUGUGUGGAGCCCUGAAUGUUCCCUGCUGCUGCUGUGUUGUGGUUCCUCGCCCUCCUCCACCACCCUACAGCCCUUCUCCUUCAAGCCAGGCCAGUCCACCAAGAUGGCUAAGUUUGAAGUGGAGGUGAGUGGUCCUGGGGGUCCCAGUGCACCUGGGGUCACCCUAGGGGAGCGUGACGUGUGCGUGGGGUGGGUGUACGGCCAGCCCUCGGUGUGUGUGCUGCGACAUCCCGCCUCACCCUCAGUUACUGCCGCCCUUGAUGUCUACACACAGAACAGGGACAACCAGUUCAAGAAGACUUACACAUGCCGACUGGAGUUAACUGGACGUUUUGCCGUUAACAUCAUCGACAGCCUCAUCGUUGUGCAUCAUCAGGCCUCAAAGACCUCCCUGCUGUUUGAUGUGCUGGUGGGAGGGGGUGAGGGUGGUGGGGGGGUGACAUGGGUCUUCCCCCUUCCUCCUCCCCGCCCUGUACAGCCCUUUGCCCUGGUAGAAGCUGGGGCACUCCCUUGUCCUGCCACCCAGCCCCAGCCGCUGCCCUGUGAACUGUAUGCCCCGACCUGGGUGGUGUUUCAGCCGGACAUAGUGAUUGAUGCUCGGUUGGGUUGCAUGUGGCACCUACAGCUGCGUCUGGAUUGCCUAGCUGAGGCUGUGCAGGACAAGACACAACUCAUUGAUUGUCUCCUACGCCGCAAACAAGCCAAGUCCCUGGUGUUGCUGGUAGUGAGGAAGGUGGUGGAGUCUGGCCAGCUGGCGUGCCUGGGACAGAUAUUCGACAAGAUCAACGCUGCCUACAGACAGCACCUCAAUACCAUCUUGCAGUCACAGAAGUCGGGUUUGUCACUGAUGGGAGAGAGUGUGAGCUUCUCCGGGCAGGCCAGUGGAGGGGUUGAGCGACGGGUGGUGGUGGUGGAGCAGCCGGACAUGUACAGUGCCGUCCUUGCCCCACUCAUGGAGGAGGCGGAGAAGGUGGAGAAGGAAGGCAAGGGGACUGUGGCAGAUAGAAAAGUGUCGGUGCGUGCGGUGGUGGGUGUGGUGGUGGAGUACGUCCGGUCCCUGGGGGCGGUAGGGGUGACAGUACAACACUUUCUGUAUGAACUAGUAAUUACUGCCCUGGUCCGCACCCAGCACUUCUACCAGCUCCAUCAGCUCCUGCAAUACCAUGUCCUGGCUGACUCCAAGCCCCUGGCCUGUUUACUGCUGUCCCUGGUGGGGAGGUAUUCAGCAGGGCAGCAGCUGAGUCUGGACAUGCUGUGUAGACUCAACACAGCACACGAUGAGAUCAUUGAGGUCUUGCUUUCACAGCACCAAGUGACCCCCGCCCUCAGGUAUGCACGCAGCGUGGGUCUAGUGGAGUCAGUUUCAGCGCGUAAAUUUUUGGAGGCAGCGAUGGCCAGCGGAGACGACCAAGUGUUCUACUCCACCUUCACCUUCUUCAGCCUCAGGAACACUAGGCUCAGGGGCAAUGCUGCUUUUGCUAGAGGUGAACACUGUGAGGUCUUUGUGGAACACUUCAAAAAGCUGUUUGGGGAGUUGCCUGAUUACAGCAAUCAACAGUUGUAGUUUUAGUACAGUAGCAGUAGCAUUGUAGCGGUAAUACAGGCAAGUCUCGA